AUGCGUUCAAAAAGUCAAGGAGCUGGAGGAUGGAGAAUCCAGAAGGCAAGCCUUCUCGCGCACAGGUUGCCGAUGCUCGACGGGUAUGACGCUUCCCGUCGAGCGAGUCGCUGCAAGGACGGCCCGUGGGCUUGCCUUAACCACGGUCGCCGCUCUUCGAUAUGUAUCUUGAUGUACAUCUACAUGCAAACGAAGUUGGAAUUUGGCCACGUCCAAUUGUUGGUUCAAUCCGCUGGUCAAAUUCUGUUUCUUCCAGAGGCUCAUCUAGAAUCUGAACACCCGAAGGCCACUGGAACCGAGUCAAGCCAACUUUUAGCAUGGGCUUUACAUGGUCCGAAAGCCGACAUACGUCAAAUUGGCGAAUAA